AUGUCACUAUUAAAUAAAUUUCACUUUAACAUUCGUUCAACUAUUGCUCUUUAUAAUCAAAUUAAUUUACAGUCAAAUGAAGAUAUUCAACUCGACAAUAUCAAUCUCAUAUUUAUUCAUAUUUUUGAACAUGAAUUUUUCCUUCGAAUUGCUCAAUCAUUUCCAUUAGUAAAAGCUUUAACUUUAGUUAAUAUGAAACCUCAAAAUGGUAAACAAACUGAUGACAAUCAAAACUUACCAAUCAUUGAAUAUGCUCAUCUUACCACGCUUGAUCUUACUAAAUCUCAUUUAGAUUAUAUCGAGCAAUUUCUACUUGAUACAAAAACGACUUUGCCAAGUAAUGUUCACCUUUCUGUCGUUUAUCAAGCACUAAGAAAAGUAACACAAAACUUAAAAGUAAUGCUACACGAAUCAAUUGUUCAAAAUUGA